AUGGGGAUUUCGGUAUCAAGUUCAAUUGCGAGAGUGGGGAACCGGCUCCGCCCAAGAUCACGGAAAAGAUUUACAAGAUCUCGCAGUCCAUUUCCGAGUACAAGACGUGUGUUCAAUCCAGUUGAUGACCAUGUGGCUUUGUUGAAAACUGUCUUCGACUUCGAGGCAAUCAAGAAGCUUCUUGGUCGCUCGGAUUUCUCGUUCUACUACGACUGUAUGCACGGGGUGCAGGGCCCGUAUGCCAAACGCAUCUUCUGCGACGAGCUCGGCGCGAAAGCAUCAAGUCUCAUGAACGCGACUCCGAAGGAGGACUUUGGUGGAAAGAAUUCCCCGCAGAAAGGCCAUGCAGAUCCUAACCUCAGCCAUUCUUUAGAGCUCAUGGCCAAGAUGGCUGUGAACAAGGAGGGGAUGCGAUUGGCUUACGAUCAGUACCCGGCUGCGAGCUUCGGUGCAGGAGCUGAUGGCGAUGCUGACCGCAACAUCAUCUUGGGCAAGAACUGCUUUGUCAGCCCUGGCGACAGCUUGGCCAUUAUCCUCCAGCAUGCGCGAUGCAUUCCAUUUUUCAAAGGUGGAGUAAACGGCUGCGCACGCUCAUUGCCAACCACCGGUGCAAUUGAUCGCGUUGCCAAAAAGCAGAAUAUUCCUUGCUUCGUGACACCGACUGGCUGGAAAAACUUUGGGAAUCUGAUGGAGUCUGGCGCAAAGCUCCCUGGAAAGACGUUCACACCCUUCAUUUGCGGCGAAGAGUCCUUUGGCACCAGCAGCAACCAUGUUCGGGAGAAGGACGGCAUGUGGGCCGCGCUGGCCUGGUUGCAGAUCCUAGCAUCUAAGAACACUGAUCCAAAAAAGCCUCUGAUCACCGUGCGGGACCUGUGCAAGCAGCACUUCAAGGAAUUCGGGCGCCACUACUACUGGCGCUAUGACUUUGAUGGCCUGGACAAGGACGAGGCUGAAGCAACCAUGAAGAAGAUUGUCCAGGACGGCAACAAGAUGGUUGGAAAGGAGGUGAAGGAGAUGCGAGUUCAAAGUGUUGAAGAUUUUGUUUACACCGAUCCCGUGGAUGGCUCGGUGACCACCGGCGAAGGUGUUGUUCUAAAGCUCUCAGGGGAUGCCCGCGUGGUGGUACGCUUGAGUGGGACGGGGUCCAGCGGCAAAGCCUCCAUGCGAGUAUACCUAGAAAAAUAUGAGUCACCCCAAGGCCAGCUAGAUGCAAGUGCGCUGGAAAUCACCAAGCCCUUGUUGGAUGCAACCAUGAUGCUGACUCCCCUGCCGAAGCUUCUCGGCAGUUGCUUUAAGGAGAAGAUGCUGGCCAAAAACUUACCUUCUCAGUUCGUGACUUGGUGGUUGGGCCUUUUUGAGGAGCUUUGUGAAGGCAAGAAAGGCGUGGUUCUUGAAAAGAACAUCCUGCCUGUUGCUGCAUUGCCUGACUUGGCUGGCUUGCAGCCUGGUGAUGAAUCUCUCCUAUCCAAGACAGUGGUGAUGCGCCUCAAUGGCGGCUUGGGUACAACAAUGGGCUUGGACAAGGCAAAGAGUUUGCUCAAGGUGAAGGAGAGCAACACGUUCAUGGAUCUGAUUGUGAAGCAGGUCUUGCAGAUCCAGGAAAAGCAGCCAGUUCGCUUCAUGCUCUUCAAUUCUUUCUCCACCGAGGGCGAUACCAAGGAUUUCAUGAAGAAAUAUCCUGCGUUUCAUUCCAAAUGGGAAAGUGUAUCCUUGAAGCAGUACAUGGCUCCAAAGGUUACCGAGUCCAUGGCGCCAGCCAAGUAUCCCAAGAAACCGAAUUGUGAAUGGUGCCCACCAGGGCAUGGAGAUAUCUAUGCUGCUUUGCUCCUGUCGGGAACCUUGGACCGGCUGUUGAAUGAAGGCUACAAGUACAUGUUCGUCGCCAAUUGUGACAAUUUGGGGGCUUCCGUCAACAUGCGCCUUCUGGGACACCUUGCCAGCUCCGGUGCGUCCAUGCUCAUGGAGGUUUGCAUCCGCGGUGAGGAGGAUAAAAAGGGCGGACAUCUCGCUCGCACCUCCGAUGGCAAGUUUACACUGCGGGAGAGCGCCCAGGUCCAUAAGCAGGAUGAGAAGGCCUUCGAGAACAUCUCCAGGCAUCGAUACUUCAACACCAACAACAUCUGGCUGAAUUUGGAGAAGCUGCGGACUGCCCUGAAGCAGGGGCUAUUCAAGCUGCCGCUCAUUGCAAACGAGAAGAAGCUGGAUCCCACGGGCAAAGAUGAUACUGUUUCACCAAUUCCGCAGUUCAGUGAGCCAAAGCCGGGUGCCGGUUCCACGGUUGUGCAGGUGGAGACAGCCAUGGGUGCUGCCAUUUCCCUGUUCCCGGAUGCGCAGGCGAUCGUGGUCCCUUCCGAUCGCUUCCUGCCUGUCAAAACCAAUGCACAGCUGGCGGUGCUUCGCAGCGACGCAUUUGUCGUCGCAGACGACUUCACGCUGGCAAAGGCCCCAAAGACACGAACCCCUGUGGAUCCUCUGCUCAAACAGCUUCCGCCGAUGGUGCGAAGUUUUGCGGCCAUGGCACAUGCGCAGCAACUUCACGUGGCAGCAGCUGCUCGCAAAGUUGCUGGCGUUCUGGAGCUGACCUACACAUGCCAGGGUGCCGCCAUCUCCCCGUGGCAUGACAUUCCACUGUUUUCCAAUGGCGUGAACGCAGUCUUUGAAAUGCCUAAGAACUCCAGCGCAAUCGUGCAAGUCUCCUCUAGCAAAGGGAACCCAAUAAGACACAUCGUGCAAGGCGGAAAGCUGGCAUACUUUGAUGGACCUAUCUACUGGAACACAGGCAUUCUGCCACAAACCUGGGGGAAUCCAGCUGUCAGCGAUCCUGCUUUGAGCAGCCGUGGCAAUGACCGACCCAUCGAAGUCAUCGAGAUUGGCAGUGCGUCUAUUGUGCAAGGCAUGAUCAAGGAAGUAAAGCCCUUGGGUGUCGUGCCAGUGCUUUAUCAAGGCAUGGUGCACUGGAAGAUCAUUGCCAUUUGCCUUGAUGACCCGCUGGCCAAGCAGCUGCAGAGCAUCAAGGACGUUGAGACAAAGUGCAAAGGUGUAGUCAGCGGUAUCCGUGAGUGGUUUCGUUGGCACCUGGUUGCCAAGGGCCAGCCUUUAUGCAAGGUGGAGGAUGUGAUGGGGAAGGAGAAGGCCAUGGAGAUAAUCAAGCGCCAGCAUGACCAGUGGAAGGCCCACACGCAGGCAAACAAGAAGAGCAAAGCUCGUGGUUUUGUCAACAUGGAGGUGCCACACUCGCCAGCGCCCAGCUUGCAGUCGCCUGCUGAGGUAAAAGCUCCAGUGAAGACCUGCAAGGCUGAAGAAGGCUACGUCACCAUCUUUAAGGGCGAUCCUGGGACUAAAGACUUCCAGCUGAGCUUCAAGCGCCAGACGCCUCAAGCUGAGAAGGCUCAAAACCUGGCUGGCAAGACACAGACUCCAGCCCAAAAGGCUGAGGUCGAGAAAAUCAAGUCAGUCUCUCCAUGGCAUGACUUCCCACUCUCUGCUGGGACUGGCCAGUACUACUUUGUCACGGAGAUUCCCAAGAUGACAACAGCUAAAUUUGAGGUGCAGCUGGAGCUGGAGGGAAACCCAAUCAUGCAGGACACCAAGAAGGGCAAGCCGAGGCACUACGCCGGCCCGAUGUUCUGGAACUAUGGCAUGCUUCCUCGCACCUGGGAGGACGAUGAUGAGGAGAUGGAUGGCGAUGAGGGCUUCACUGGCGAUGGUGAUCCGCUGGACGUGGUUGAGAUCGGCUCGAAGCAGUUGGGCCUGGGCAGCAUCAGCAAAGUAAAGCCGCUAGGAGCCCUUGCUCAGAUCGAUGAGCACGACCUUGAUUGGAAGAUCAUUGCUAUCAACGUGGAGGAUCCCUUGGCCGCAGAGUUGAACGAUAUUGCCGAUGUGGAAGCCAAGUUGCCUGGCGUUGUUGGCGGCAUUCGCGAAUGGUUCAGAUGGUACAAAACGCCCGACGACAAAGCCCCAAACAAGUUCGCGUACAAAGACAAGGCUUUUGGCAAAGCGGAGGCGAUAAAGGUGAUAAACAAGUGCCACGAGUCAUGGAAGAAGCUGCUUGACGGCGGCUCUAAACCUGGUCGCAAGUGGGUGCCUGGACACCUGGCUUUGAGAGAGAAGACCUUCGCCAUGAUCAAGCCGGAUGCUGUGAAGCGUGGCUACGUCGAGGAGGUUGAGCGCCAAAUUUCACAGGCAGGCCUCAAGAUUGUGCGCAAAGAGCAACGGCAGCUGACCUCUGACGAAGUGAAAAACUUCUAUGUGGAGCAGCAGGAGAAAUUUUUCUUCGCCAAACUUGUUGAUUACAUGACAAGCGGCCCGGUUGUGAUCAUGGAGCUUGAGGGGGUCAACGCUGUGAAGGUCUGGGACAAGUUGAAGGGACCAACCGAUCUGAAGAAGGUGAACAAGGAAGCACCGCAGUGCUUGCGUUCUUUGUUUGGCAUGGACCCGACGCGGAACGGUUUUCAUGGGAGUGAUUCCAUUGCUGCAGCUGCCCGGGAAAUAGGCUUCUUUUUUCAUGCGGCAGAGUUCCGCGCGAAGAUGGCGAAGAAGGGUCUGAGCCCAGCCUUCAUCACGUGGUGGAUGGAUCUAUACCAACGACUAUGCGGCGGAAGCAAGGGGAUUGUUCGUGAGAACAAGAUAUUGCCCGCUGCCAAGCCCAAAAGCCUGACUGAAAUCUUGCCUGCAAGCGCGACCACCUUGGGCAAGACCGUGGUGAUGCGCCUCAAUGGGGGUUUGGGUACCAGCAUGGGCCUGGACAAAGCCAAGAGCCUCUUGAAGGUCAAGGAAGAAAAUACCUUCAUGGACCUCAUUGUGAAGCAGAUCAUGCAGAUCCAAGAGAAACAUCCACUGCGAUUCAUGCUUUACAAUUCCUUCUCCACUGAGGCAGACACAAAAGAGUUCAUGAAGAAGUAUCCAUCUGUUUUGGCGAAUUGGGACUCCGUGUCCUUGCUCCAAGGCAUGGCACCAAAGGUAGAUGCAGAGACCUACAAGCCGGCAGAGUGGCCAGAGAAGCCAAGCGCUGAAUGGUGCCCACCAGGGCAUGGCGACAUCUUCCUCACUCUGGUCACCUCCGGAACUCUGGAACGCCUCUUAAAGGAUGGCUACAAGUACAUGUUUGUUGCCAACAGCGACAACCUGGGCGCUUCCGUGGACUUACGGAUGCUGGGGCACUUGGAGCGAUCGAAGGCGCCAAUGCUCAUGGAGGUCUGUGUGCGUGGUGAGGCAGACCGCAAGGGAGGCCACCUGGCACGCAUGGCGAGCACUGAGAAGAAAGACAGCAAUGAUAGUGGAGACAAGGGCAAAGAAAGCAAAGGCAUGCUGACUCUCAGGGAAAGUGCACAGGUAGCUGGAGCCGAUGAGAAGGACUUCCAGGAUGUGGCCAAGCACCAGUACUUCAACACCAACAACAUCUGGCUGAACCUCGAAAAGCUUCAGGAUAUCUUGAAGAAGGGGCCACUAAAGCUUCCUCUGAUUGCCAACGGAAAGCGAGUGGACCCGUCCAGCAAGGACGAUCCGGGCUUUGAGGUUGUGCAGGUGGAGACAGCCAUGGGUGCAGCCAUUUCGCUUCUGCCAGGGGCGGAAGCCAUUCUCGUUCCGCCCUCACGGUUCCUUCCAGUGAAAAACAACUCUCAACUUGCGGUUCUGAGAGGAGGUGCAUAUGCCGUCGGUGAAAACUACACGUUAGUCCGAAAUCCACAAGCCAUUUCCUCGCAGAUCUCGACGAGUCGCCUCCAAGUAGUCUUCGUGACUUCUGAGGCAGCACCAUUCUCGAGUACCGGUGGGCUCGGUGAAGCUAUGGACGGCUUGCCAAAGGCCAUGGCACGGCUCGGCCACCGCGUCAUGGUGAUCGCUCCGCGCUAUGAUCAGUACUUCGAGGGCUGGGACACAGGAUUCUGGAAGCAUGUUGAAAUGGGAGCGCAGAAAGAGACGCUGCACUUCUUCCACGCCUUCGCGGAGGGUGUGGAUUACGUUUUCGUGGACAAUCACAUGUUUCUUGGGAAAAUUCCGACAAAGACCGAAGGUCGCCUGUAUGGCCACAACGGGACCGACUUCGAUGACAACCACCUGCGCUUUGCCUAUUUCUCCCGUGCAGCAGUGGCGGCCAUCGCUGAUCUUCCGCUGGGCGGCUACCCCUUUGGGCCACGAAGUGUCAUCAUUGCAAAUGACUGGCAAAGCGGCGCGGUUCCCAUGCUGAUCCGCAUGGAGAGGGCUGCCGAUCCCACAAGGUGGGCGCAGACGAAGAUGAUGUUCUGGUGCCAUGAUAAGGCCUUCCAAGGGAUCUUCCCUCGAACAGAUGAUGUGGCCGAUGUCUAUGGCAUGAUGCCCAGCUACCUUGACAGCAUCACCUUUGGAAAGGCAGGUUCUGCGUAUGUGAACCUGGUGGCAUCCGGACAGCGCUAUGCUGACAAAGAUGUUGAGACAAGCCAGGCACUUGCGACUUCUGGCCUCGCACCCACUCCUCCCAAGGAGAUGAGCUGGGAGCGGGCCGCACGAGAGUGCCAGGCUGCCUUGGUGCAGCUCGGGAGCUAG